AUGAUACCAUCUGAUCAAUGCCAACAGCAAGUUAAUCGACAUAACAAUAGUGAUGAUCAACGUUUACAUAACCUGUUUUAUAGAAAAUCAAAAUUAGAAUCUGUCAAUGAAACAUCGGCAUUGUUGUCUGGUUUCGCUAUUGUAGCAAUUGUUGAAUUGUCGUUGGAUGCCUAUACAAGUCAAAAUCCUGGAGAGGGCUUAUUAAUUUGCUAUGCAAUAGUAUCUUGUUUACUAGUUGGUAUACAUUUGUUAGCAUUACUGAUGUCAAUGUGUAUUUUACCUGAAUUAAAAAGUGUUAUUCGCCAAUCGGAUGUAUGGAUUAAUCAU